GAAUCAGUUUCAGCUAUCAGUUCGCAUCCAACAUCCAACUAGAAAGCAGUUAACGAGUAGUCUGUGUUUUUUCGCUUGCGGUUAAAAGCCACGAGCUUAAGCAAAAAAGAAAAAACCGCCGCCCAACAACAACAGCAUAUUUUGUUGUCCCUCCCAGUCUAUGAGUGUGUGUGUGUGAGCAAGGAAUUAUGCCAGCAGAAAUCUAAAAAAUAUAUUUAAAUAAUCACACUUAAAAUCAAAAAACCCACACAAGUUUUGCUCAAAACAACAACAUACCCACAAACAAAACAAGUGCAAAAUAACAAGGAAAAUAAGUAAAACAGUGUUAGUUAACAGCAAUAACAACAAGAAUCGGCGAUCAACAAAUUCCACCGGCAAAAUCAACAAAAUCUUAAAUCGCAGUCAACAAGGAGCAACGAUUUCCCAUUGCUAACUUUUGGCGGGAAACAACUGAUCGCGAAGCUCACCAAUAGGCUUCGAUUCUUUUUGGCCUGGCGAGGAGAGCUUGAAGAGCCGCAAAGCUGCAACUGCACAACGACCUACUCUACCCCAUGAUGGACGGCUUCGCGCAGGACUGGCCCACGUUGACCCACACAGACAACGGGCUGGCCAUGGACCAGCUGGGGGGCGACCUGCCCCUGGACGUGGGCUUCGAGCCCCAGACCCGAGCCCGAUCCAACACAUGGCCCUGUCCGCGCCCCGAGAACUUCGUGGAGCCCGCCGACGAGUUGGACAGUACAAAGGCCAGCAAUCAGCAGUUGGCCCCAGGAGACUCACAGCAGGCUUUACAAAAUGCGAAUGCAGCCAAGAAAAACUCAUCGCGUCGCAAUGCAUGGGGAAAUCUAUCCUAUGCGGAUCUCAUCACGCAUGCCAUUGGAUCGGCCACCGACAAACGACUGACUCUGAGCCAGAUUUACGAGUGGAUGGUCCAGAAUGUGCCAUACUUCAAGGACAAGGGCGAUUCGAAUAGCAGUGCCGGCUGGAAGAACUCCAUACGUCACAAUCUGUCGCUGCACAACCGCUUUAUGAGGGUUCAAAACGAGGGCACCGGCAAGUCCUCCUGGUGGAUGCUGAACCCGGAGGCCAAGCCCGGCAAGUCGGUCCGCCGUCGUGCCGCCUCCAUGGAGACGUCGCGGUACGAGAAGCGCCGCGGCAGGGCCAAGAAGCGGGUGGAGGCACUGCGUCAGGCGGGCGUUGUGGGCCUCAACGAUGCCACGCCCUCGCCCAGCAGCAGCGUCAGCGAGGGGCUGGACCACUUCCCCGAGAGUCCGCUCCACAGUGGCGGUGGCUUCCAGUUGUCGCCCGACUUCCGGCAGCGCGCCUCAUCCAAUGCCAGUUCCUGCGGACGCCUGAGUCCCAUUAGGGCGCAGGAUCUCGAGCCCGAUUGGGGAUUCCCCGUCGACUACCAGAACACGACGAUGACGCAGGCCCACGCCCAGGCCCUCGAGGAGCUGACGGGUUCCAUAGCGGACGAGCUGACGCUGUGCGGCCAGCAGCAGCAGCAAGGGUUCAGCGCCGCCUCGGGACUCCCCUCGCAGCCCCCGCCCCCGCCCUACCAGCCGCCGCAGCAUCAGCAGGCGCAGCAGCAGCAGCAGUCGCCCUACGCCCUCAACGGCCCCGCCCCCACCGGCUACAACACGCUGCAGCCGCAGUCGCAGUGCCUGCUGCACCGCUCCCUCAACUGCAGCUGCCUGCACAAUGCAAGAGAUGGUCUCUCGCCCAACUCAGUAACCACAACAAUGUCGCCCGCCUAUCCAAACAGCGAGCCCUCCUCGGACUCCCUGAACACGUACAGCAACGUGGUGCUCGAUGGUCCGUCGGACUCUUCGGUCUUGUUGGUGCAACAGCAGCAGCAGCAGCAACAACUGUCCGCCAACCUGGAAGAUAAUAACUGCGCCUCUACUUUGAUAGGACAAUGCCUGGAGGUGCUGAACAACGAGGCGCAACCGAUAGACGAAUUUAAUCUGGAGAACUUUCCGGUGGGGAAUCUGGAGUGCAAUGUCGAAGAGCUGCUGCAGCAGGAGAUGAGCUAUGACGGUCUGCUGGACAUCAACAUCCCGCUGGCCACGGUCAAUACGAACUUGGUCAACAGCAGCAGUGCGGCCCUGAACAUCAGCAACCUCAGCAACCUUAGCAGCAAUUCCGGCAGCAGUCUCAGUCUAAAUCAGCUGCAGGCCCAGCUGCAACAGCAACAGCAGCAGCAGCAGCAACAGCAACAACAGCAACUGCAGCAGCAACAUCAGCAACACCAGCAACACCAGCAACAUCAGCAACACCAGCAACAGUUGCUGCUGAAUAACAACAACAACAGCAGCAACAGCCUGGAAUUGGCAACACAAACGGCUAGCACAAAUCUAAAUGCUCGAGUGCAGUACUCGCAGCCCAGUGUGGUGACCUCGCCACCCUCUUGGGUCCACUAGAUAAUGGUCUGUGGUCCGAUCUUUAGUCGGUAGUCGUCGUUGUGUGUGUGCGUGUGUGUUGUUUGUGUCGCCAAUGGAACGCUUUAAACGCUAAUUCUAAGAACCAUAGUGUAAAGAGUUGUAAGCAGCCGCAGAUGGAUGGGAAACUACGGAAACGGAAACGGAUGCGGGUAAUCGGUGUCGUAAUCGGUUACGCAGCAGCUGCAGGAUCAGUGAGCAGUAAGCAGGAGCCGCAGCUGGACCGCCACUAAAAAGUUUACAAAGAUAAAUCUGGUCGCUUCUAAUCUAACAUACAUACAAUACAUAUACAUAGAUAUAUAAUUACAAAUAUAUAGUUAUGCAUUACACAUAGAAACGAAGCAUACAAAUAAUACCAAUUAAUCACCAAUAAUUAGAUGCUACAAUUAGUGAAAUUCUCUGUGGCAGUGCAAAAACAACUUUGUCCACCUAACGAAGGGAAAUUUGAAUUGAAUUGAAAACACGGUUUAGUUAUUAAGUUCAACUUUGUACAUAUUAAUUUUAAUAACCUUGACGUAAUGAAACCCACAAAUAAUAAUACUACUACUGAUAAUACAAAUACAAAAAAACAAACAAGCGUAAAACGUAAACUAAAUGUUUGAUAUAUAAAUGGAAAAAUAUUCGUUAACCAGCUAUCGAGGUAAACAGAAAAUGAGAAAAUGGCAAAGAAACCGAAAGCAAAAGAAAUUAGCACAAUUAUGUAAUAAUUUAUGCUUAAUUAAUGUAUUUAAUUGAAAAUCUAAUUGUAAUUGUAUAUUUUUUCUAUAAAGAGCAAAGAAAACCCUUAAAGAAGAAUAAAACUUGUGUAAAAAUUAUGCUUAAGAUUCGCAAUGAUAUACGUAAUGAAUUCUCCGAUUAGUUAGCACACAUCAGAUCAGCUCGGCUUAUAAAAAAAAACUUUUGUUACAUGAAUAUGCCAACACCCAUAUGUAGAUCGUACACGUUAAAUCCAAUUGAAUGUAAUACAUUAAAAUUCAAAUAUUAGUAAAUGUAAAUGUUGAUAGGCAAAAUAGAAAUACAAAUUUAUAACAGAACAUACCCACUAAACUCAAAACCCAAGCAGAAGUAGUAGCAUAAAAUAAUAAGCAAAUACAUGGGCAUCAUUGUGUACUAUUAUGGGCUAAAUGUUAAUUAUUAACUAGAUUGUACAAUUCAAAUGUAGUUCAUACUAUUUAAAAUGCAAAACGGAGUGAAGAUGAAUAAACUGAUGAUUCAAUAUAAGAAACAAGA